AUGCACGACGACUUUGCACUCAUGCAGCCGCUCGUCCACGCCGUGCGAACGUACUACUCGUCGUACUACGGCGUCGACGUGACGCCGAUCGCUGCCGCCCACAACGUCCCGCUCUAUGUCGGUGUGUACAUGACGUCCGAAGACUGGUACAGCAGCCAAGUCGAGGCUGCGAUCAUGGGUGCCGUCAACUACCCGGCCACCGUCAAGGCGAUUCUCGUCGGCAACGAAAACGUCGUGCCGCAUGGUCCCUACAAUACGUCGUACCUCAUGAGCCAGAUGCAGUACAUCAAGUCCGAGGUCGCUCGGCGCUCCAACGGGACCGUCAACGUCCCGGUCGGGACCGUCCAGCGGGUCUCCGAGUGGCUCAACGCCGACAUUCGAGCCAACAUGCUGGCACUUGCCAACGCUUCGGACAUUGUCGGUGUCAACAUCUACCCGUUCUUCAGUAAUGGGUACGACGUCAACAAGCCGGUCGCGAUCCUCGACGCUCUCUGGAACGAAAUGCUCAAGCUGUACCCGGCAUCCAAGCUGCGGCUCACGGAGACGGGCUACUCGACCGCCGGCAACAACCUCACGACAGUGUCGCCGAUCGUGGUGCCGAGUAUUGCGAAUGCGAUGGGCUAUUACAACGGUCUAGUCCAGUGGCAGCCAUCCGCUGGCGGCGGCGAAGCGUUUUGCCAAGGGCAAGAAGAAGACGGACAACUUUCCCGUGGCUGUGAACCCCGUCUACAUCUCGCCGACACCGACGCCCACCGCAACACCCACACCCUCUCCAACGCCUACAACGACACCGACACCUACGCCAACGCCGACACCAACACCGACGCCGACACCGACACCAACACCGACGCCGACACCGACGCCGACACCGACGCCGACACCGACGCCAACACCGACGCCAACACCAACACCGACACCGACGCCAACGCCGACGCCAACACCAACACCGACACCGACGCCGACGCCUAGUCCAACGCUGACAACGGCAACGCCCAUCCAGCUCUGCACGUUCA